AUGGCGGGUAAAUCGUCGAUACAAAAAGUUGUAGCAAGAUCUAUGGGGGAAAAAAAAAUUCACUGUUGAUAUUUAUUGAAAUCAGAAGGAAACAGCGUUACCUGUAGAUCGUCGUACGUUUUAACCGUGAUAUCCCUACUCUGGUAGCAUCUAGCAGAGUACCAGAACAGACGCAGUUAGAUACGCGAGACCAGUUGGUUUCUAUGCUCGGAAGCCUCGACAGUUAUCGUUCAGUAACUCUUGCGGAGCGCACGCUUUCUCGCGAAGCUCGUGAUAGCAUUCACCAAUUGGAGAAUCCGCAGAAAACUCUGAGGGAACACUGUGCCGAUUCCGACCAUCUGCAAGGCGCGAACGAGCUUACAGAUAAAAAGUCUGGCUUGUAUCGGGCACUGGUUGCAGAAUUCCUUGGUACGUUGCUAUUGAAUUUCUUUGGCUGUGGAUCUGUUAUCACGAACGACGUCGUGGCCAUAAGUUUGGCUUUUGGCCUGGCUGUAGCUUCAGCGAUUCAAGCAAUAGGACAUGUCUCUGGCGGUCAUGUUAAUCCCGCUGUCACGUUUGGAUUGAUGGUGAUUGGCAAGGUGCCAAUUAUUAGAGGCUUGUUAUACGUAAUUCUUCAAUGUAUAGGUGCAAUAGCAGGAUCUGGUAUACUAAGAGCAUUAUCUCCCGAAAGGAUGGAGCACGCCUUGGGCGUAGUAUCUCUUUCACCAGGCGUUACUCCCGUUCAAGGUCUCGGUAUAGAGUUCUUCCUCGCGUUCAUACUGGUUCUGGUCGUGUGCGGUGCAUGCGAUGCAGCAAAACCAGACAGCAAGGGGAUUGCACCUCUUAUAAUUGGACUCUCAGUUUCUGUCGGCCAUAUUAUCGGCGUGCGAAGAACUGGCGCAGGCAUGAAUCCAGCUCGAUCAUUCGGUAGCGCCGUUGUCAUGGGUUUGUUCGACGAUCACUGGCUGUAUUGGGUGGGCCCGAUCCUCGGCGGCAUGGCAGCUGGAUUGAUCUACGCGUUCGUGAUCGGCCCUGCGAAAGAAUCGGAAAGUUCCAAUCGUGCGUACACGGUGGCCGCGACCGACGAGAAGGAGCUACAGAGUCUUACCAGUAAGAAGAAAGACAACCCUGCUUAAUGUUCUAAUAUUAACUAUCGCAUUUUCAACUACCACAUCGUUAUUUAUAAUGAUUUAAGUGCGAUCAAGAUGAACCUUAUGUUACUAAUAAUAACUUGUUACAGUUAUUUAAUCAGUCAAGUGUAAUUAAGGAGAAGUAUAUAUUAAAUAUUUUUUUCGAAGACGAAACGUAACACUCAGAUACUAACAAUGAUACGGAGAAAUUCAUGCAAUUCGUUCCAGUAAUUGUUAUAUAAUUUAUCGAACAGACGAAUGAGCAUUUGUUCGCCUAUAUAUUAAAUAUAUAUAUAUAUAUA